GGUGACAAUGAACUCGAUUUAAAUAAAAUAAAAGCCACACAGCAAGCUUUGGGAAAAUAUGUAAAAAUUCCACCGUUAACAGAUAAGUUGCUGAAAAAGCCCCCGUUUCGUUUUUUAAUGGACGUGUUUAAUGCUUUCAUCAAACAGACAGGUUGCUUCAUGGGACUCUAUACUGCAGAUGAGAUACUUUUUGAAAAUAUAAACAAUCGGGAUGACAAGAUCCGCUAUUUACAGAAAAUGAUCGAUGCAAUAAAAUUUGCAACGAAAAGGGAACUAAAGGUACGCACCUCCAAAAUUGUGGCCGGGCAUGAACCAGAUAAAACAAACGAACUACUGCAACUCUUAGCCACUGUAGCCGAUCAGAGCUUAGAUUGGCAAAGCGCAGUCGACCAGGUACUCGGUGGCAGUGGAGAUGUCAAAGUUUCAGCCAAGCUGAAGGGUAAUAAUAAAUCAAAAGAUUUAAAACCUGCAGGUGCGUUAAAAGCCAACCAUACUAACGUGGUGGAGCGCAAAAAGCAACAUCAUGUUAAAAUGGAGACGAAAGAGAAACGUAUUUUACCGCAUAAACAAAAGGACAAGAAGACUAGUGAAAACAAGACAAAGGAAAAAUCAUUGCGAAAGCAAAAAAUCGAUACCAAUCCCAAUUGUGAGGAGUCGAAGAACAUAAGUCUUUCGCCUGUAGAAGUGACAGAAAAGAUAAAGCUUAGAUCUCCUACCGUUGGUGAAAUGGUAACCGCAUUCCCUGAGUCGUUAUCGCAAAAUGCAAAAAAUGUAAAUGUAACCGCAGAUACACAACUUUCAACUGAGCCCGACGAUGUAAAGCUCUCGGAACAGCACUAUAGCUUAGAUUCCCUUAGCAGAGGUCUUCGCUCUAGUUCUAAUCAACAACAGCUGCCUCUGCAAGUGCCAGAUAGCGUAGAUGCUGUGCAAGCACAAAACGACAUAUUGCAGCCUUCGACAUUAUCGCUGGUAUCAUCUGAAGUCGAAAACAGAGACAAUAAUGAGGUAAAUCGUGAACCAUCUUUAUUGCGAGAUGGUUCAAAAGAUUUAAGCAUCAGCAUUUCGCAACGCCCUCGUGCCUUUUUGCGUCCACCAAGUGCGCGUCCAGUUUCUGCAAGGCCAGGCGCUCCACGGCGUCACGACCCAAAUGUUGAAAUAGUGUUGCAGCCAAAUGACCAAAUUAAGUUUUCCGGUAUCAAUGUGAAGCUGGAAACCUAUGCUGAUUUUAACGAUGAUGGCGAGAAUCUAGUGAUAAUAGAUACGCAUGAAAUAAAGAGCAACAUAGAUCUGCAACAUACCACUACAGUGGAGACUUUGGAUGCAACACAACAGGGUCAUCUUGUACAGCAGAUACUGAAGACGCAAAAGGAGUUGGUGCAGCAAAAUAACGAUUUUCCAGAUAAAUUAAUUAAUCAAUUAGGCACGCAUCAGAACUCAGCAUGCCAAAUGAACGGAUUACGGGAUGUUAUUCAAAAUUUGACCAAAUCAGUUAAUCCCUUUGGGAAGCUGAUGGACUUUAUACCUGAGGACAUCGAUGCUAUGCAAUUAGAGAUAAGUAUGUGGCGCGAGAGUUAUACACAAACAUUAUCGGAGUUGAAACGAGAAAGUAUUCUUACCGAAGCGGUAACAGAGCCAAUAAAACAGCAGCUUGGCCAAAUUGAGGCGAGCAUACGCGAGUACCAGGAAAAAGUUGAAACAGGUCGAUCAAACAUUUUGCAAAAUGAUCAACGAAUACUCAAAAUGCUGAUGGAGCAGUGACACAAUUGUAUCUUAGUCGUCAACAUUUCAAACCUGUUAGCAAAAUGAAUAUUUAUUUGCAACUGAAAACAAAUGAGACACGCGUUGUCUUAUAAAAUGAUGUAUGAGUUUAUCGAAGGCAUUCAAUCAACCUUGAUUAAUAAUUUUGCUUUUUAAUGUAUGUAUGUAUGUAAUUUGGCAACCAGGCACGAAUAGCAGCAAGAUGGCAACCCUAAACAGCAGGAGGUGAGAGUGAAGGCAGACGUCAGUAAGAGUGCUCAGCAGCAAGCAGUAUUGCCAACUUUUUAGAAAAAAAAAAACCUGUUUUUGACGGGAAGGAGUGAAAUAAAGCAAAAAAAUUUUGCAAAAAAGCGUAA